CACAUAUGUCACCUGUCAAAACUCCUAUGACGUCACCUUAAUGUAAAUGUUUUUUUUAAUUUUCAAGUACUUCAUUUUUGCUUUUUCUUUUAGUUGAACCACAUAUAAUUCACAACUUUCUCACAAGUGAUUAUACAUCGCCCACAUAAAAAGUAAACAUGGAAAAUCCGAGUGCCAGUCGCCCCAACUCCAAAUUGGAACAGGCCCAGCAACAGGUGCAAGAAGUUGUCGGAAUAAUGAGGGUGAACGUAGAAAAGGUUCUGGAAAGGGAUCAAAAGCUAUCAGAGCUGGACAGUCGGGCGGAGGCAUUGCAAGAGGGUGGCAAGCGCUUUGAACAACAGGCUCAAAAGUUGAAGAGGAAGUAUUGGUGGAAAAAUAUCAAGAUGAUGAUUAUCAUGGGCAUUAUUGGGGCUGUUAUACUGAUCAUUAUUAUAGUUUCCAUAAGUAAUUCUCUGAAAGAUGACACCUCUGACUCUGAAAAAGCUGUGGAGAACAAACCCAGUUCCUAGGUAAAACAUUUAUGCUUGUCAAUCACCUUUUAUUUUACAAUCAGAAAACACCCAUUUAAUUCUUAUUUCAUAUUAUAAUUAUUUGUAUUAUCUGUUGUUGUGAUGGCUGAUUUCAACAUACUGUUUAUUGUGUAAUGGUGCUUCUAUUUAUAAAUCUUGAAAAUAUUUUGUAUAAGGUGGACUUGCUGUUAAAACAGACCAAAUAACCUGUAUUUUUAUAUAGCUUUGGUUUCUUUGACCAUGGUAAAACUCUACAAAAACCCCAGUGUUUAUUCUAGCAUAACAUUUGUGUUUAACUUUUAUACCAAAUAAUUAGAAAUAAAUGUUUUUUCAGGAUACUAACUAAAACCAGUAUAAUUAGUUUUUUAAUAAGUUAUCUUAAAUUUAAUUUACAAAAUUACUCUGGUUAUAGCAUGUAUUUCAAUAAUAACCGAUUUGAGAUGUUUCUUCAAUAAUAAUGUAGUGUUAUUACAUCUAUAUUGACAUUUUAUUUCACAUAUUCCACAAUGUUUUUUGUUUUACCAUGAUCAAACAACUGUAACCUCACUUACCUUUAAGGCUUAUGAUAUAGUAUUAUUUAUCUUAAAUAUAAGUAUGCCUUGAUACAGUGCCUUGACAUUGAUAAAAUUAGCACAUCUGUACCACAAAUGCCAAUAAACAAAAUAUAUUUUUGGGAAAAUUUACAGUCCACUGUAUUUUUUGUAUUCCAUUUAUAAAGUUUAUAUAUUCGUAUGUUAUUAAUGGUUUUUGUGAAAAUAUUCUGUAAUAUAUUUAUAUACUUACAAAACCUA